GUCAUUGUCGAACGUAAACAACUGUUCGUAUAUACGAUACAGCUUUCAACGCAUGCAUGCAUUGAAGAAUGCUAAAGUACGUUGCGUUGUUACAAACGUUUUUCACGAUAAACUAUCUCUAUGAUAUUUUCCCAUUGUACUUCGUAAAAUAAUACAAAAAUGAGUUCACAAAAUGGCUGGAGAAACCAGAUGCAAAAUAAUUUAUCGCAGCCAAUCGUCAGAGGAAGAAACGCAAAAGACGUUGUCUACUACUCUCAGCCAAGUUCAAGCUCAAGCUCUUUAUCACAAAAUUCGUCUCUUGAUCACGCGACUUCUAAAGAGAACGAUCAACUUGUUAAUAGUCUGAUACGGUAUCUUCUCAUGUUGGAUGAAGGGAAACAAAUUAUUAGUAAAGCUCGUAUAAUAAAAAACGUCUUUGGCAAUCGUGGGAAACAUUUUGCUCAAACGAUGAACAAAGUGAAGAAUCUCUUGUCAACGGUUUUUGGAUAUCAACUGAUAGAACUGGAAAGUGGCAAGUACAUGCUGGUAAAUGAAAUAGAAAACACAUUGCCACAUAUUGAGCCUUCUGCGACCGAGAGUAGCCAAAUGAUACUACUGUUUCUAGUACUCACUCAUAUCUUCAUGCUUGAAGAUUGUUGUAGUGAAGAGUCAUUGUGGAGCUUUCUCACGAAUUUAGGUAUUCCUUGCGAAGACGAUCAACAGCAUUCUUAUUUUGGUAACGUCAAGCAGUUGAUAAAUGAGAUCUUCGUUGCUCAAGGAUACCUUAACAAGAUAGUCUUAGAAACAAACGAUUCGACAAACGUGGAAUAUAAAUGGGGAUACCGUGCGGAGUACGAAUUUUCUCGACGUACGGCUUUAGAAUUCGUGUCUCAGGUGUAUGACGGACGUCCGAUAAACAGUUGGCAACUGCAAUUCAAGACUUUAAUUGCCCGAGAAGCGGCGGCAAAUAAAUAAAUCUCAGAAACAUACCGUCGCAAAUGUGAUAAGGAACAGAUUAUUAUACUUUAAGUAA